GUUUACGCCACUGCCCCCUGCUGGCUCAAACAGUUUUUACACUUCCAGUCUCUUCCUGGGGCGACGUGAGAGUCCACACACACUCCACGGAUAGACACUCCGGAGAUGGAGGACAGAGCUGGAGAUGCGUCACCACCACUGGACCCUGCACAAGGACGACAAGUUCCACCCUCCAAUGACACGCCUCCUCCUGAUGAACCUCAGACCAGAGAGGACUUAUUGCUAUAUUACCGUCCCCUGAGCCUGGACCCGAACACAGCGUACAGGGAGCUGCUUCUGUCUGAGAGCAACAGAAAGGUAGAGCUCACAGACUCGGUCCAGUCGUACCCUGAACACCCAGACCGGUUCUCCCACCUCUUCCAGGUGCUGUGCACAGAGGGCCUGUCAGGACGCUGCUACUGGGAGGUGGAGUUCGAGGGGUCGGUUGAAGUAGCGAUGGCGUACAAAGGCCUUGGAAGGUCAGAUUAUUAUCACGAGUGUGCGUUUGGCUGCAACGACAAGUCCUGGAGUUUAGACUUAAACGUGAACAGUGAGUGUUUCAGACACAACGACCAGGAGACCUCGGUGCCGGAGUCCCAGUCCUCCACAGUCGGUGUGUACCUGGAUUAUGAAGCAGGUUCUCUGACCCACUACUGCGUCUGUGACAAGACUCUGCAGCUGAUGCACCGAGUCGAGACCACGUUCACCGAGCCGCUCUACCCCGGGCUGUGGGUCGCAGGCAGCGCCCGGCUGUGUGACCUGGAGUGAAGCUCCAGCCAACAAGUGGGACGUCCCGGAUGAGACUGUACAGCAGCGGGGACUGGGAUGUGGAUUUCAGAAGGAGUGUGACACAAAACAUCAAGGCUGCUCGGAGAUAAUGCAAAGAUUGAUUUAGAAAUCAAAACAAGUAAUGACGAUAAUGUUUCCAUGACCGUAAGAGAAAUGAAAUACUGAAAUAUCUGAACAACUAUUGGAUGAAUCACCAAGACAUUUAAACAUAGAUAAUAUUUAAUUUAGUGUAUUUUAUUUGAGAAGUUAUAUAUUUGCUUUAGUAAAAACCCAAUUUGAUAGAAUUAUAACAGAUUAGGGAUUUAUCUGAUUGUAAUUCAGAUAUUAAUUAAUAAAAAUGUCACUGGGCACUUUGUUUAAAAAGUACAUAUACAUUUAUUUAUUCUUUUAUAUAUGUGAU